AUGGAUCCGAGCGUCUCUGCGUUCCUCACCAAGCUGGAGGCCAAGAUCGAGGCCUCUAUGGACGCGCAGACCAAGGCCCAGCAGGCGACAUCCGCCAAAAUCGACGAGGUCCUCAAGUGGCGGCCCGAUCUGGAGCGUCGGGUGGCGGAUCUGAGCGAUGCGGUGGCGGCGCUGCAACUCGCUCAACCCGCGGCGCCCAAGGAGGGCGAGGAACCACCCUUGGCGCAAGAUCCGCAGCAGCAACCGCCUGCGACACACGGCGUCCACUCCGGACUCGUGCUCGGCGCGGCGACCCGUCAACAAGGGCCCGAUGGCUACGGCGUCUUCAACAUACCACGGGGGCCGUCGGCGGUGUCGUUCCAGACGCCGCCGCCGCUCCCGGCAAGCGGUCAGUCCGAUUCUCUCUUGUCUCCAUCUAUGGUCUCUCCCUUUGCUCAUGCGAGCCAGAUGCUCGCUGGAUUGGGCCAAGCACACCCGUCGAUUUCGUUUCCUCAGUUUACGGGCGAGAACCCGAACCUCUGGAAAACCCUGUGCGAACAGUACUUUUCCAUGUUCGGUAUCCAUACAGCGUUUUGGGUUCCGAUGGCGGCCCUCAAUUUUUCUGGAACUGCGUCAGUUUGGCUGCAGACAAUCCAGAAGCGCCUGUCAGAGUUCGAUUGGGACGCAUUUACGUCCCUGUUGUGCACCCGUUUUGGUCGAGAUCGCCACCAAAUGCUGAUUCGCCAGUUCUAUUCCUUGCGACAAACCACUUCAGUAGCUGACUAUAUUGAGAAAUUUGAAAUGAUCAUUAAUCACUUGAGUUCAUAUUCUGACUCUAUUCAUCCUUACUACUUUCUCACUCGUUUUAUGGAGGGCUUGAGGACCGACAUCCGAGCUGUGGUGCUAGUCCAGAGGCCACCUGACCUGGACACGGCGUGCUCUUUGGCGCUCUUGCAAGAGGAGGUGUUGGGUGGCACGUUUGGGGCGCUGCCCAGGCCACCCGACGUCGCAACCAAGGCAGCGGUUCCCCUGCCGCUUCCACCACCCCCGAGCCGCCCCGCACCAGCAGCGGGCGCGACUGAUCGACGAGGCACGGACGCCGCACGCGCCGAAUCCACCAAGCUUAAGGCGCUGCGGGACUAUCGCCGCGCCCGCGGCCUGUGUUUCAGGUGCGGCGAAAAGUGGGGGCACGAUCACGUCUGUCCCACUUCAGUCCAGCUGCACGUCGUCGAGGAACUCCUGGACGUCUUCGGCAUCGACAACACCAUUGACAUGCAACUACCACCAUCUGAAGACACAGUCAUGGCAAUCUCUCUCUCAGCCGUAUCCGGGGGCGUAUCAGCCAAAGCAUUCCAGUUGCGCGCUUGGAUUCAAAGCCGCGAGGUGCUCAUGUUGGUGGACUCCGGCAGUACCAACUCAUUCAUUAAUCAAGACCUCGCGGCAAACCUGUCCAGCGCGCGCCCUCUUCCGCGCGCCUGUCGCGUUCGCGUGGCAGACGGAGGCGAACUCCUCUGUUCUGCGGUGGUGUCAGCUUGCGAGUGGUGCACUCAAGGACACGAAUUCCGCACAGAUCUGAAGGUGCUCGCUUUGGGGACUUACGACACAAUCCUCGGCAUGGACUGGCUGGAGCACCAUAGCCCCAUGACGGUGGAUUGGCGUGCCAAGUCGCUGGAGUUCCAAUCUCCGUUGGGUACUGUCAAACUGCAGGGGCAUGACUCUGAAUCAUCGACUUGUCUGCUCAUCAACGCAGUGCAACUCCAAAGUUUGUGCAAAAACAAGGCUGUCAGUCAUAUUGUGCACCUGUGCCCAAUAUCUGAAGACCAAACUGAAGGGCAACAUAUUCCUGAAUGUCUGCAACCUAUAUUGGAUGAUUUCGUUGAUGUCUUUGGAGAACCAGAAGGGCUGCCACCCAAGCGCUCGUGCAAUCACAAGAUACAGCUGCUGCCAGGAGCUCAACCUUUCAGCAUCAGGGUAUACAGACACAAGCCGGAACAAAAAGAUGAGAUCGAGCGACAGGUUGCAGAGCUUUUGAAGUCGGGGGUGAUCCAAGCCAGCAACAGCCCGUUCUCAUCCCCAGUGAUUUUGGUCAAGAAAAAGGACGGCACAUGGAGAAUGUGUGUCGAUUACAGACAACUCAACGCUCUCACAUGUGUGGCCAAGUUUCCAGUUCCGAUAAUCGAGGAGUUAUUGGACGAGUUGCAAGGAGCUCAGUGGUUCUCGAAGUUGGACCUGCGAGCAGGAUAUCAUCAGAUACGGAUCGCUGAAGGAGAUGAGUUCAAAACAGCGUUCCAGGCCCAUUUCGGACAGUUUGAGUUCAAGGUGUUGUCGUUCGGUCUGGCGGGAGGCCCAGCCACUUUCAAUGGAGCAGUUUACACAACUCUGAAACCAGUCAACACGAAGUGUGUGUUGAUGUUCUUCGACGAUAUCCUCAUUUUCAGUCACACACUCGAUGAACACAAAGAGCAUCUUCGGCAGGUUUUGGCACUAUUGCGCAGGGAUCAAUGGAAGGUCAAGCUUAGUAAAUGUGCAUUCGGUCAACAGCAACUCGUAUACCUGGGGCACGUCAUCAGUUCCAAAGGAGUGGCUACCGAACCAAGCAAGGUUAAAUCAGUGGCAGAGUGGCCAACACCGGUCAACGUCAAAGAAGUCAGGGGGUUUCUCGGCCUUGCAGGUUACUACAGGCGCUUUAUCAGGCACUUUGGGAUGCUUGCUCGACCCCUGUUCAACUUGCUCAAGAAAGGAGUGCCUUUUGUCUGGACUUCUGUCACAGAACAAGCCUUCCAGACCUUGAAGAACCAGCUGAUCACAGCCCCAGUCCUUGCCUUGCCCGAUUUCUCGCAGCAGUUCGUGAUUGAGACGGAUGCCAGUGACAAAGGAGUGGGAGCAGUACUUCAGCAACGUGGUCACCCAAUCGCGUUCAUGAGCAAGGCUCUCUGCCCAAGGUACCAAGGACUGUCUGCAUACGAGAAAGAGUACCUGACAAUACUUGUCGCGGUGGAUCAAUGGAGACCCUACCUACAACACGCUGAAUUUCUGAUCCUCACCGAUCAACGCAGUCUGGUGCACUUGGAGGAGCAGAGGCUGACCACACCAUGGCAGCAAAAGGCCUUCACGAAGCUAUUGGGGUUGCGAUACUGCAUCAAAUACAAAAAGGGGUCCGACAAUUCGGCUGCGGAUGCUCUCUCUCGAGUAAGGCCACAAGAAAUGCUAUCUGCCAUCACUUCGUGCCAACCGGCUUGGUUGGAUGAUGUUGUCAACAGCUACAACGCAAAUCCUCACGCACAGAAACUGCUGGAGCAACUCUCUAUUCGUCCUGACCCAAAGAAAAGAUUCAGUCUGCACCAAGGUGUUCUUCGCUUUCGAGAUCGCAUUUGGCUUGGGGGAUCAACUGCUCUUCAGCAACGCAUCAUCUCGGCUUUCCACGACAGCGCUCUCGGUGGUCACUCAGGGUUCCCAGUGACGUACAGGCAUGUGCGCCGGCUGUUUGCAUGGCCCAAGAUGAAGACCCACGUCAAGCAAUACGUGGCAUGCUGUCCUAUCUGUCAACAGGCCAAACCGGACCGUGCAGCCGCGCCAGGACUGCUCGCACCCUUGCCAAUUCCUUCACAGCCUUGGGAGCUCAUAACAAUGGACUUUAUUGAUGGCCUGCCCCAGUCGGGAAAAUACAACUGUUUGUGA